AUGCACGUUGAGCAAAAGGUAAACAAGGCCAAAAAGGCAGAGAAAAAGCAACGUCGUUGCCUGGCAAUUAUAAAAGCUGACUGUAAUGUAUCUCAAAGUGACUCACCUACGCUCUACCUGGCCAUACUCAAUGUGGGACUGAGCAAUGGUCUCACCGAAGAAGCGCUACUGGCUGCGGCUGCCGCAACAGGCGGCCAAGUGUCGCAGGUGCUGAUGCUGCCCUCGAAAUCGUAUUGUUUUCUGGUAUGCACCACAUUGGAGGAUUGCCAGCUUGUGUACCAGGGCAUGCACAAUCGGGCGACCAUUGGUCAGCAGGGCGCCGUUGCUUACCUCAGUUACGUGUUGCAAUUGCCCAAGGAAAUAGAAGAAAACGGUUGGCAAAAAUCGCUGCCCAAUGGUCUCGUACUGCUGCCCAACUUUGUCAGUGGAGCGGAGGAAGCAGCUCUGCUCCAGGCAGUUGCUGUUGUUGGCCCUGGUUCUGCCUGCACGGCGGACACUACUCUGAAGCACAGGCAUGUCAAGCAUUUUGGCUAUGAGUUUCUUUACGGCAGCAAUAAUGUGGAUGCGCUGCAACCGCUGGAACAGCCCAUUCCGACUGCAUGUGAUUUCUUGUGGCAGCGCUUGGCCUGCAGCGAAGCGCCAGCGCUUGAUACACCCGAUCAGCUGACUGUCAAUGAGUAUGAGCCCGGACAGGGUAUACCACCGCAUGUGGACACACACAGCGCUUUUGUAGAUCCCAUACUCUCGCUCUCGCUGCAAUCCGAUGUGGUCAUGGACUUUCGUCGCGGUCAGGAGCUUGUGCACGUGCUGUUGCCACGCCGUUCGCUCCUGGUCAUGUCCGGCGAAUCGCGAUAUGAUUGGACGCACGGCAUCAAGCCCAAACACAUUGAUGUCAUACCCACGCAAGCGGGCAGCCUGACGACGCAGUCGCGCACCAAACGAACUUCACUCACCUUUAGGCGAUUGCGCCGAGGACCCUGCGAUUGCCAAUAUCCGACGCUCUGUGAUACGCGUCAGACCACAGCUCCACAGGCGGUGACUGACGAGCUGGCCACGCAUGCGAGUCACCUGGAGCAGCAAAAUGUGCAUGAAGUUUAUGACAAGAUUGCGAAUCAUUUUAGCGAUACGCGCCACACUCCCUGGCCGCAAGUUGCCGAGUUCCUGAACAGCUUUGCGCCACAAUCGGUGCUGCUGGAUGUGGGCUGUGGCAAUGGCAAAUAUCUUGGCUGUAAUCCCCAAUUGCUGGCCAUUGGCUGUGAUCGUUCGCUCGGUUUGCUGGGCGUUAGCAAUGCGCGAGGCCGAAACGUUUUUCGUUGCGAUUGCCUGCAGUUGCCGGUGCGCAGUGGCAGCAUUGAUGGCUGCAUCAGCAUUGCGGUCAUACAUCAUCUGGCCAGCGGGGAGCGUCGGCUGACAGCGCUCCGUGAGCUGGCCCGUGUGCUGCGUCCAGGCGGUCGUGCGCUCGUCUACGUCUGGGCGAAGGAUCAGCGACGGAACGACAACAAAUCGGCCUAUUUGCGACAAAACAAAGCUGUCAACAAGCAGCGCACCACAGAGCAGGCGCAGCGCCAGAAGCUCGCACAGCAAUUGGAAAGUAUGGAGCUGGACCAACAGCAGCUACAGGUGCCUGUGCCGUUGCCGGUGCAUACAAAUCGCACCGAGUUCCAGCAGCAGGAUGUCUAUGUGCCCUGGAAAACCAAAGAUGAGCAGCGCACAACAUUUCUGCGCUACUAUCAUGUCUUCGAAGAGCAGGAACUGGAGCGUUUGGUGUUGCAAGUGGAAGACGUAUUGCUUAGGCGCAGCUACUAUGAUCAGGGCAAUCAUUGUGUGAUCUUUGAAAAGAUGCCGCAAUGAAAAUGUAAUCUGCAAAUAAACCAAAAAGAUGUGCUUGAAAAAGUCAAUGUUUGAAAAUAUGCUUUAUAAAUAAAA